UGUGGGGUAGCGCUUUAAGACUCUUACUCUCCUCCCCGUGCCUCUCUCUCUCUCUCUCUCUCUCUCUCCCCCCUCUCUCUCUCCCAUGCUCGCUGUGGCUUUGAUCUCCCCUUAACAACAGUAACGUCAUAGCAGAGAGCUCUUAAGGAGAGUUUUGUCGGAAAGAGCGAAGUCCUGGAGCCUCCAGAGGGCUUACACAGCAGUAGCAACAGGCAGCAUCCGCGGAACUUUUGCAAAGCGCGCCCCCCGAGUCCUUCGAAAGCCCAAAGCUCCAGCUGCCCUAAAGACAUGGAACACCAACUGCUAUGCUGCGAAGUGGAGACUAUCAGAAGAGCUUACCAAGACGCUAACCUGCUGAAUGACAGAGUGCUACAGACAAUGCUUAAAGCAGAAGAUAGUUACCUUCCCUCUGCAAACUACUUUAAAUGUGUCCAGAAAGAAAUAGUGCCUUACAUGAGGAAAAUUGUAGCCACAUGGAUGCUCGAGGUCUGCGAGGAGCAGAAAUGCGAAGAGGAGGUCUUUCCUUUGGCUAUGAAUUAUUUGGACAGAUUUUUGUCUGUGGAACCCACCAAGAAAACCAGACUACAGUUACUUGGAGCAGCUUGCAUGUUUUUGGCCUCUAAAAUGAAGGAAACAAUCCCGUUAACUGCCGAGAAGUUGUGUAUAUACACCGACAAUUCCAUCCGACCCAGCGAAUUAUUGCAAAUGGAACUACUAGCAUUGAACAAACUGAAAUGGGAUCUAGCUUCUGUCACCCCCCACGAUUUCAUUGAACAUUUCCUCUCCAAACUGCCCAUCCACCAGGACACCAAGCAAAUCCUGCGCAAGCACGCCCAGACAUUCGUGGCUCUCUGUGCAACAGACGUCAAAUUCAUCGCCAGCCCACCGUCAAUGAUUGCAGCCGGCAGCGUGGCGGCGGCCUUCGAGGGGCUGCACCUCAAGGGCGCAGACGGCGCACUAUCGUCCCAGAACCUCACCAACUUCCUGUCACAAGUCAUCAAGAGUGACCCGGACUGUCUCCGGGCAUGCCAGGAGCAGAUCGAGUCCCUGCUGGAGACCAGCCUUCGCCAGGCCCAGCAGCACAGCGUCUCCUCAGAAACCAAGAGCGUGGAGGAGGAGGCGGACCUCUCCUGCACUCCCACAGACGUGAGGGACGUGAAUAUCUGAGGGGAACAUCCGCGCCACCAGAAGACACUUCAGGAGGAGAGCGAGCGGGCCCCGGCCGAUCGCCCUGCAGGCACGCCGUCAUGCUCCCUCCCGCCUGCGCACCCCCCUCACCCCACCCCUGCGUGCACGGUCUGAAAAGAACGAGCCGUCCGCCGGGACGGCCCGCGCGGAAGAAGGGAUGGAAGCUUCUCUGAUUUUCAUCACUAUCUCUCUCUCUUCCCUUUGGCCUGUGGCAAAAAAAACCAU